AUGACAAAGCUAGCAGAACUGGUUGCUGUGUCCAAACGCGACGAUUCUUCAAAGGACCUUGCGACUAGAAUGGAGCUUAUGCUGAAGUCGCGUGGGAAGAGUCUGCCAGAUGAACUUCUACAAAGUCCGGAAUUGAACACGUUUGUGGCUUUUGGAAAGCUGUUACAUGAAGAUGAGCAAAACAAAUGGAAAGACGUCUUGCUAGACAAAUGGAUGAGUAAAGAGCCUGAUCUGUCGACACUAGAGAAGAUUUUUGCAAAGCACAGUAAUGGCAUUAACGCGGAAGCUGUGCGAGUAUUAAAACUUCGACUGCUGGAGAAGAUUAAAGAGGAGAAGCUGGAUUAG